UGAUUGUAAUUCAACGGAUAAACAUCAUCAAUGCAAACAAAACCAAACCAAUAUAACUAUAGUUUAACUUAGUUGCAUAAUCAUAGUAUUAGUCAUGUUGUCAGCAUAUCGAACUCGUGAAUUUCAUCUAAUCGAUCCAGAUGAUCAGCUACAACGUGAAUAUCUAUUAGGAGAAUUGCGUAAAAUAAAUAGAAAUACUGAAUUUACAAUCGAUUGUUUGAUCUGUUCCCGUAUGAUUAAUUUGGAUGAAAUAUUUAACCAUCUAAUGAAUCAUUUGAAUCAAAAAUAUCAAAUUGAAAAGCAACGAUUACAAUGCUGUCAUUGCUUGCAAAUUUUUUCCAAUCGUUAUCAACUUGAAUUACAUCAUCAAUCGAUUCAAACUAAAACAAUGCCUAAUACAAAUUUUCCACAAAAUAUGGACAAAUGUCUUCGAGAAUAUGAUCCGAAUCUUUCUUUGCAACGAAAUUCUGAAAACAUUCGUAAACAAUUACAGCUACCAUAUCGUUGUACGAAAUGUCGAUUUCGAUCCACAUCGCAUCAACAAUUGAUUGAACAUUUUGAGCUGAUUCAUGAGAUUCUUGUCUGUCCAUUUUGUUUCCAUCCGUUUGAUCUAUAUCGAUGGAGUAGCCUUUGUUUCGAUGAUGAUUGUGAUCAUAUUGAACCACUUCGAAAAGAAUUGAAAAACGUUCUUAGACAUUUUAAAAAACAUUUGAAUGUAGAUCAAGAUUUGGUUAGCUGUAAACAAUGUAUGCAAUCAUUUUUAAAUCAAAAUCAGCUUGAAAAUCAUUUAUUAGAAGAUCAUAAGCCUUAUAAAUUCAAAUCAAAAGAUCUAAACAAUUUACGAUUCUUUGAUCAAGAUAAGAUGAGCGAUACAACUAUUAAUGAUGCUUUGGAUUUUAUUCGUGAAAAUUAUCGUAAAAAUUAUUGUAUGCUUUACGGGGAUAAUUGUUUGGAUGCCCUCGAAAAAUGUUCAAUCAUUUAA